UGCACUCUCCUGUGUGUGUACCUCAUUGUACUGCUUUUGAUAUAUCAGCUUAGUAAUGAAGCCACCAUUAUGUCCUCAGUCAGUGAAGUAAAUGUUGAUAUUAGAGAUUUCCUAAUGAGCAUUAAUUUGGAGCAGUACCUCCUAUGCUUCCGUGAGUUUGGUUUGAAUACUGUGAAAGACUGUGUAGCAGUAAAUGAUGGUGUACUACACAAAAUUGGAAUAUCACCUACAGGACACCGGAGGAGGAUACUGAAGCAGUUACAGAUAAUCUUGUCAAAAAUGCAAGAUAUCCCAAUAUAUGCAAAUAUCCAUAAAACAAAGAAGGACGAUGAGACUUCAGAGGAUCGCCACGCUCCAUCUUCUGGUUGGAAUACCUCCGCAGAACCUUCUGAUACGGGUGGUGUGCGGGCACCUAGCCCGACACAGUGGGAGACCGUUACCAAAAAUCUUGACCGAAAUGAUGUUAGUGUAGAAAAUAGCCAGUCUUCUAAAUCAGAUAAUAAGCUGUCUCUUCUUAAACACAACUUUCCCAUUCCAGAAGAAGAACAACACCUGAAUUUGAGUUCUUUCCAACAUACUUUAUAUGGUAAUGAAAAUAUUAAAAUAGAAUCUUUGAUUACAGAGAAAACUACGGAUUGCACAGUUGAAGAACAGCAAGCAAAAAGAUCUGAUUUGAUCUCAGAAAAUGCGAGUAAGCUUCCUGAUGUAGAUCCUGAAUGCCUUUCUUCCCUUGGCUGUUCAAUAUUGGAGGCAAAUUCUGGAAGUGGAACUGAUGGUUUAACAGAAAGAUCACCACCAUCCCCAUUCUUUCAAUUUCAGGGAGAAAUGGUUGUAAAUGAUUUAUAUGUUCCAUCAUCUCCAAUCCUAGCACCUAUGAGAAGCCGUAGCAAGUUGGUUUCAAGACCAUCUCGGUCUUUUCUGCUAAGACAUCGGCCUGUACCAGAGAUUCCAGGGUCAACAAAAGGAAUUUCAGGGAGCUAUUUCCGUGAGAGAAGAAAUGUUGCUACCUCAACUGGAAAGUCUGUGACACAGGAAAAGGAUUCAAAUGAGGAAAAUUCAUCUUCCAUUUUUCCUUAUGGAGAGACCUUUCUCUUCCAGAGACUAGAAAAUUCCAAGAAGAGGUCUAUAAAGAAUGAAUUUUGGACCCAUGAAGAAACACUCAAAGGGGAAACAACUACUGAAAGAAACUCUUUUCUCAUCACAUCAAGCCUAUACGAUAACAGGAAGGAGAAUAUAAGUGACGACAAAGUGGAAGAUAUUUGGAUACCUCGAGAGGACAAAAAUAAUCUUCCAAUAGACUCUGCUUCAGAAUCAGAAUAUUCAACAGUAGAAGAAUGCUUUCAGAGCUUAAGGAGAAAAAACUCAAAGGCACCUAAAUCUAGGACUCAGAAAGCAUUGACUACGGACCCCGUCAAUAGGCACAGUUAUCCAUUAAGCUCAACAAGUGGAAAUGCUGAGUCCGCGAUCGUUUCCUCAAAUGCAAUAUCUCCCUAUGCCUGUUUUUAUGGAUCUUCUGCAAGGAAGGUUAAAUCGGGAUGGCUAGACAAACUGUCUCCUCAAGGAAAACGCAUGUUUCAGAAGAGAUGGGUGAAAUUUGAUGGCCUUAGCAUUUCUUAUUACAAUAACGAGAAGGAAAAGUAUUCAAAAGGAAUAAUUCCCCUUUCUGCUAUAUCUACGGUACGGGUUCAAGGAGACAACAAAUUUGAAGUUGUUACAACACAGAGAACUUUUGUUUUUAGAGUAGAAAAAGAAGAGGAGAGAAAUGACUGGAUCAGCAUACUAUUAAAUGCACUGAAAUCACAAUCCCCUGCCUUGCAGUCUCAAGCAGCUGCUGCCCCUGAGAAAUGUGGAUAUCUUGAACUGAGAGGGUAUAAAGCCAAAAUUUUUACUGUGUUAAGUGGAAACAGCGUGUGGCUUUGCAAAAAUGAACAGGAUUUUAAGAGUGGACUUGGUAUUACCAUAAUUCCUAUGAAUGUAGCAAAUGUAAAGCAAGUGGACCGAACUGUAAAACAGUCUUUUGAAAUAAUCACUCCCUACAGGAGUUUUAGCUUUACAGCCGAGUCUGAAAAAGAGAAACAAGAGUGGAUUGAAGCUGUGCAGCAAUCGAUAGCAGAAACUCUCUCUGAUUAUGAGGUAGCUGAGAAGAUUUGGUUCAACGAGUCCAACAGAAGCUGUGCCGAUUGUAAAGCCCCAGACCCUGACUGGGCAUCCAUCAAUCUCUGUGUUGUCAUCUGUAAGAAAUGUGCAGGACAACAUAGAUCUUUAGGACCAAAAGAUUCCAAGGUUAGAAGUCUAAAAAUGGAUGCCAGCAUCUGGAGCAAUGAACUCAUUGAGCUCUUUAUUGUCAUUGGAAACAAAAGAGCAAAUGACUUUUGGGCUGGUAAUCUUCAAAAAGAUGAAGAAUUACACAUGGAUUCACCUGUAGAAAAGAGAAAAACCUUUAUCACUCAGAAGUACAAAGAAGGAAGAUUCAGAAAGACCCUACUGGCAUCUCUCACCAAAGAAGAAUUAAACAAGGCUCUGUGCACUGCUGUUGUGAAACCAGAUGUUCUAGAAACGAUGGCUUUGCUGUUCAGCGGAGCGGAUGUUAUGUGUGCAACUGGAGACCCUGUGCAUAGCACCCCCUACCUGCUGGCCAAGAAGGCUGGACAAAGUCUGCAGAUGGAAUUUCUCUACCAUAACAAAUUCUCCGAUUUCCCUCAACAUGACAUUCACUCUGAAGGUGGAUUAAGUCAAGAGUUCUCCCAGUCCACGUUCCUCUGUGACUUUUUGUAUCAGGCUCCUGCUGCUUCUAAACUCUCUUCAGAGAAAAAACUGCUUGAAGAGACAAAUAAAAAGUGGUGUGUUUUGGAAGGAGGCUUCUUGAGUUAUUAUGAAAAUGAUAAGUCUACCACACCUAAUGGCACCAUUAACAUCAAUGAAGUUAUCUGCCUGGCUGUACACAAAGAGGACUUCUAUUUAAAUACCGGGCCCAUCUUUGCCUUUGAGAUCUAUUUACCCUCAGAACGUGCGUUUUUAUUUGGAGCUGAAACAUCUCAAGCUCAAAGAAAAUGGACAGAGGCAAUAGCCAAGCAUUUUGUUCCCUUUGUUGCUGAAAACUUAACAGAAGCUGACUAUGAUUUGAUUGGUCAACUCUACUACAAAGACUGCCAUGCCCUGGACCAGUGGAGAAAAGGCUGGUUUUCUAUGGAAAAGUCUAGUUUGCGUUUUUGUCUUCAAAUGCAAGAAGUUCAGGAAGAUAGAAUGCACUUAAGAAGACUGCAGGAGCUAACAAUCAGCACAGUGGUUCAAAAUGGGGAAAAAAUGGAUGUCUUGCUCUUGGUAGAAAAAGGGAGAACAUUAUACAUCCAUGGGCAUACCAAGUUGGAUUUCACAGUCUGGCAUACCGCAAUUGAGAAAGCAGCAGGUACAGAUGGUAAUGCAUUACAGGAUCAGCAGCUCAGCAAAAAUGACGUUCCCAUUAUUGUGAACAGCUGUAUAGCAUUUGUUACACAGUAUGGUUUAGGGUACAAAUACAUCUAUCAAAAGAAUGGUGAUCCUUUGCACAUAAGUGAACUCCUGGAGAGUUUCAAAAAGGAUGCAAGAAGCUUUAAAUUGAGAGCUGGAAAACAUCAGCUUGAAGAUGUGACAGGCGUGUUGAAAAAAUUUCUCUCUGACAUUGAUGAUGCACUUCUUACUAAGGAGCUCUAUCCAUAUUGGAUCUCUGCUUUAGAUACUCAGGAUGACAAGGAAAGAAUUAAAAAGUAUGGAGCAUUUAUACGUACUCUUCCAGGGGUCAACCAAGCAACGUUGGCAGCUGUAAUUGAACACCUUUACAGGGUUCAGAAAUGCUCAGAAAUCAAUCACAUGAAUGCGCAUAAUUUGGCCUUGGUCUUUUCAUCCUGUUUGUUUCAAACUAAGGGACAAACUAGUGAAGAAGUGAAUGUAAUCGAGGACUUAAUUAAUAAUUAUGUUGAGAUAUUUGAGGUUAAAGAAGACCAAGUCAAACAAAUGGACAUAGAAAAUAGCUUUAUUACCAAGUGGAAAGACACUCAAGUUUCCCAGGCUGGAGAUUUGUUAAUCGAAGUGUAUGUAGAAAGGAAGGAACCUGACUGCAGUAUUAUAAUUCGGAUAUCUCCUGUGAUGGAAGCAGAGGAAUUAACUAAUGAUAUAUUAGCAAUAAAAAAUAUAAUUCCUACGAAAGGUGAUAUUUGGGCCACAUUUGAAGUCAUUGAAAAUGAAGAGCUGGAACGCCCUCUUCACUACACAGAAAAUGUAUUGGAACAGGCGCUUCGGUGGAGUUCAUUAGCUGAACCUGGCUCUGCUUAUCUUGUGGUGAAGAGAUUCUUAACCAUUGAUACAAUUAAACACUAUAAUGAGAGGAGGGCCCUGGAAAGUAUCAAAGAAGGAGUCUUGAAAAUUAAAGAAGAACCAUCUAAAAUACUGUCUGGAAAUAAGUUUCAAGACCGGUAUUUUGUUUUACGAGAUGGGUAUCUCUUUCUCUACAAGGAUUCAAAGAGUAGUAAAUAUGACAAAAUGUUUGCUCUUGGUUCAGUGAAGUUUUAUCUUGGAGUGAAAAAGAAAAUGAAGCCUCCAACAAGUUGGGGAUUGACGGCGUAUUCUGAAAAACAUCACUGGCACAUUUGUUGUGAUAGUCUACAAACUCAGAUGGAGUGGAUGGCCAAUGUCUUCAUUGCCCAGCAUGAAAAUGAUAUAUGGCCACCAGCUGGAAAGGAACGAAAACGUUCUAUCACCAAAAAUCCCAAAAUUGGAGGUUUGCCUCUGAUUCCCAUCCAGCAUGAGAGAAGUGGAACCCAAGGCCGGAGAAAUAUUGAGAGCGCCAGAGCAGAACUGGAAAGGUUGCAGCUCAGUGAAAAGCGGGAUCAAGAGUUGGGGGAUAGCAGCUUAAAGGAGAGAGCCUCCAUGGUGGCCCACUGCCUGGAACACAAGGAUGAGAAACUUCGAACUCGAACCAGAAAACAUCGGAGUUUCAACUGUCUGGAGGACACAGAGGCUGACGUCUUUCAUGGGCAACAAAAAAGCCAUAAAGGCCUCAAGACACUGAGGAAGACUGAGGACAGGAAUGGCAAAGCUGCUUUGGACUCUGAUAGUAAGUUACCAUCAAGGGUAAUUGAAGAGCUUAGUGUGGUGCUGCAGCGGACGAGAACCCUUCCAAAAGACUUAGAGGACGAGCAGAUCUUGCAGAAAGAGGUAAAAUAGUUCUGCACAUUAUCUUUUUUAAAUAUUGUGUACUGUGUGUGUGUGUGAACCAGAAACCAAACAGUAAAAUUCGUGGUUUGUGAGAUUUGUCUAGCUCUACAUAAGCAUUUAGAUGGCAUUUAAAAAUAUAUAUGUACAUAUAAGUAGAAGAUGACGCUUUUUUAGGUCUGAACAAAGCUUGUACAGUUCAACUGGAGAAGCAUUGGGUUACUUUGAGUCAGCCAAGCUUUUUACAGUAGUUGUCUGUUGAAUGGUGUAAUUUAUGAGCAGAAACCUCAAACUGUACUGUAUUGUAUAAAAUGCUUUGUUUAAAUGAAGCCUAUGAUACUGUAACACAUUUUGCACUUUGAGAAACCUUGUAUAUUAGGUUACCGUAUAUGUUUUUAGGUUUACAUAGGGUCCACCUUACGGAAAAGAAAGGGAAGUUGAAAAGGGGAAGGAUUUAUUUUAGUGGCUGCCUAUCAAACAUUGGAGUUUUAAAAAGAGGCAAGGAGUGAACAGAAAACGAAGGAGGUCAAUUAAGUUCUGAUCCAUAGUGAACCAGAGUGAAUCUUAUCAAUGAGAAACUGCUUGUUAAGAAAAAAGUCUAGUGACUGUUUCCCAAAAUGAUGGACGUUCAGCCAACAACCACAAAUAACGGCAGUGGCCACGCUUACUUUCGGUGUUAGUGAACCGGCAGCAGAAUACACUCACUACACUUCAGUUCUGCAGAGGGGUCUGCUGACAAGAAGCAUACCCUGCAUAUGCACAGGACCUGGCAUGGACGCCAUUUGCACUGUUGCUGUAUACAUUUUAAUUCCUUACUAUGGUUUUCGUACAAAUUCACUAUCACAGGGUUUUGUUAUUGUUGUUUGAUUUUUUCAUUGUUGUUGUUUUACUUGGUAUUUCAUUUCUUAAGUAAGGUGAUAAUAGGCUUCUCUGCAAUGUCAGAAUUAACUGGAGGUUUACAACAUAGGGCCAUUUGAUAGCUUGUCCCACUUUUGGUGGCUACCAGUUCACAUUUGAUCAAAUCUCUUUAAGGGGGGGGGGGAAGUCUCCUCCCUGAGCCUAAUAAAUAAUAACAAAGCCCUCUGUUUUUGCUUCCACAUCAAGGUCAGCUACUGAGUUGGUGAUUUUCCUCCAACAGUCAAGACUACCUAAUUAUAGUUCACAUUAGGAACAGUGCUUUUCAUCGAUUUCUUAAGAAUUUUAUUAGGUCUGAUGAGUUUUGAUUAAAAUUAUAUCGCUAAGCUUUAUUUCAACCACUAUUUCCCCCUGGUUUUCAGGUGACUUCUUCAGAAUCUGUUAUACAAAGGCCCAUACUUUGGUCAGUCCAAUCAUAGUAUAGUAAUAUACUCUUAAAUGCUCUGAAUUUCUUCAUUGUAAAAUACUAAUCACUUAUAUUUGGUGGUGAUACAAUAUUUUACCAUGGGUGUGUGAUAUUUAUGCUUUAAAAAAAAUUCCAAUCGAUUUGGAUUUAAAGAAACUGCAGGUCAGUUUAUGAAACAGGUAUUAGCACUGCUGGGGAGCCUUCAUUUAAAGCAAGAAAUGGUAUUGAGGAAAAAAAAUCUAAAAUAAAACUAUUAUUCCUAAUGAUAAUAUUUAUGAGAUAAGCAGGCAUAUGACAACGUUUGACACUGGGAAAGUAUCUGGAGUUUUUUACCUGCCUUAUCCGAAUAUUUUUUAAACUGGAGCUUAAAAUCUAAUAGCCCUGUUUCCCUUCCUUCCCUGUAUAAUUGUCUCCAUUUUUCAAGAGUAAGAUAAGGGCUAAUGAUGAUAUCUCAUAUUUUGAAUAAAACUUAAAAAUGUUUUACAAGUUCAUUUGAAUGUGAUUGUUAUUUUCAGAAGUUAAAGGUUAUUUUGAA